CCUUUGACCCAGUAGGAGCACGCGUUCUGAUGACGUCGCAGAUAUCGUGUUGAUGAUCACAAUGGCGGAGGUUCAAAACUUAGUUUGGUUCCUCCGUCGUCAGUACAAGGAUGCCGAGGAAACCAUCGCGUUAACGGGACGCCAAGAGGUCUCGCUGGGAAGGGGCCUGGAUGUGACUCACCGAACCAUACCCAAAGACACACCCUUCGAUAUGUUUAGUCGAAAACAUGCUAUUUUCAGGCCCGCGGUGGACGGGACCUGGACGGUGCAAGACAAUAACACAAUCAAUGGCAUAUAUAUCAAUGGUCAUAGACUGAAGCCAGGCAUUCCAUUUACGUUGAAGGAAGGCGAUAAUAUCCAGCUGGGGCUUCCUCCCAGCAGAGACUCAGAACCGGAGUUUCUGUACAGAAUAGUCAGGGAUUACACCAGUAAUAUCUCAGGAAACAGAACAGACUCUGAACUCAAAAGUAAACGGAAGGAAACAGCAGAAAACGCUGAUCCUCAGGGCAGUAGACCGGGCCCUUCUCAUCAUAGACCUGUCGAGAGCUCCGGCCACAAAAGGAGAAGACUCGAGCAGCUCGAUGAAGACUUGGCGCACAAACAGAGAAUAGCCGAGCGCGAGAAACAGGCCGAGCAGAGGGUGAGAGAUGCAGAGGCCCGGAUUCAGAAAAUGCAGUCGCUGAUUGAGGAGAAGGAGUUAGCACAGACAGCGCUGCAGGACCAACUGAAGAAGAAAGAGCAGGAGAUGCAGCAAGAGAUGAGACAACAGGUGGUGCGGCUGGAGGAGGAGAAGCAUCAGAUGCAGGCGGAGCUGCAGGAGAUGAUGACUCGGGAGAUGCAGCAGAAGGAGCAGGAGCUGCUGGAGCGCCUGGAGCAGCAGGGCCUCGCGCUGCAGGAGGAGAAACAGCAGGUGGAGGCACGUCUACAGCAGCAACUGGCCCAGCAGCUUGAGGAGAAGGACAAGGACCUUGAGGAGCAGCUGCUGAAGCACAAGGCAGCGCUGGACCAGAUCAUCUCACAGAAGGAGCGUGAACACUCCGACCUGCAGGCCAAGCUGCUGCAGAGCAAGCUGGAGAAGGAACAGCAGGAGCAGUCGGUAAAGAAGGUUCGUGAAGAAGUGGUGGAGAAUGUCACCAAUGUGAUGGAGUCAGAGCUGCAGUGUAACAUCUGCACAGAGCUGUUUGUACAGGCCACCACCCUCCACUGCUCGCACACGUUCUGUUACGCCUGCAUCCUGGAGUGGACCAAGACCAGGAAGAUGGAGUGCCCGACCUGCCGGACCAAGGUGACCAGCCAGACCCGCUCCCUGGUGCUGGACAGCUACAUCGACAAGAUGGUGGAGUCCUACAGCGAGGAGCUCAAACAGCACAGGAUGGCACUGCUGCAGGACAGGAAAGAGAAAGUGGCGACCCUGGAGAGGCAGAGCCCCCGGCAGGGGAAGGAUUCGCCCAUCAGUGUGGGGAGUGCCAGCUCUGAUGAGGAGCCUCUCUCCGUCAGCUCCGGCGGCUCCAGCGGCUCCCAGUGGACCCAGAGCUCCUCCUCCUCCACACACAACUCCCCUCCGCACUCCCGGGGGAACAGCGCCUCCAUGGACAAUGACUUUGUCCCGGGGGACCCCAUGGCUUACUACGGAGGCUAUGGGCGCUGCCACAUCUGUGGCCAUCGCGGCCACUGGGCUCGGGGCUGUCCAUUCAGGUACCGCUGAGGGCCGGCGGGGUGUGUGAGGGGAACAGACUGCCGGGACAGCGUAGUCUGCAUGGGGAGUUAAACAGAGAAAGAGAGGAAUGGAUGGGGCUUGGCGGGCCUGGACGGUACUGGUGCUACAUGGACGUCCGGUGGGCCGCAGUGUACGGCCAACUCGGCACCAUUCCAGCUGCUUUCUCAUUGUCCCGAGUUUUGUGAAUGAAGACUUGCAAGGGCACACAUGCUGUACUUCCAACCACUCAGUAGUUUUGGUGCAAAAAGCUAUAAACCUGAAAAUAAAGACUAUGUCACGUGUUGAACUUGACUGGCAAGAACAGACAAUGAUACAGGAUAUGUAAUGUUUAGGCAGAUGGCUAUAUGUUACAUCAAGGAAAGAUAAAGUAAGAUGUAUUUAAAUUGUGUUAUGAACUACAGAAUGUGGUUCAAACCACCUUUACCUCAAUGCUGGUGUUGGCAAUAAGGGUUGUAAGGCUUUGAAUUCAGUACAGUUCUCCAGUGUUGCUAACUGCCCUUGCAAGUCCUUCAUUAAUGUAUGGUUGCAAGUGUUAGGAGUAGCGUGGGCCAAAGAAGAGUAUUAUAAAGGGAUAUUGGGUACACAACGUAUGAUAGGCUACCCCAAUGUCAUUAGUUGGCUCUCAGACUUUGUUAUGCAGGAAAUAGUUUGAACUAGUUCCAAGUAGAUGUGUACUGUUGGCUUGUUUGUAGAAAGUAUUUCAGCUACUACACUUUUAUAACUUAAAAAAUGCUGUAAAAGAUUUUAAGCGCCUAAAUUACGUAAAUCUUACUAUGUAAAAAGACUAGCCCAAACAAAAAUUCACUUGGAGAUUAAGACUAUUCUAUCUUCCCUGAAAUCUUCAUGAAUUCUGGACCAAAACUGAUUUCAACAUGGUGUUGCAGUAUGUUAAUGGGAAGAAUCUGGGAAUCGGAGCAAUUUUAAGGCAGUUUGCCUUGUUAACAAGAGUUUCCAUGUUCCCAGUUAAAGUAACUGGACAUAAAAGUCUGAGAGCCAAAUAAAGGAAUUGGUGUCUAUAAAGGUAUACGAAAGUCCAUGACCCUCUAACAUAGGAAGGAACUAUAUAUACUCUCCAAAAGGAGGUCAGGCUCUGACUAAAUUGGGGGCAUUUUUAGGCAUUCUUGUCAGGCUUUCUAUUUUAUCAGGCUUUCCCUAUGUUGCCAAGCUAAACUUGGAGACAUAAAGAAAUCAUGACAACAUAGAAAGCAGCCAGAGCCUAACCUCUGCUUGGAGUGUAGGCAGAGACUGGGUGAGGUAAGAAAUAUUAUGAUAGAGAUGGUUGCAGACAUACAUACAGGCAGAUCAAGUAUUGUGUUUGCAGUUUGUUUUGUGCCAGGUAUCCAUUCCUUUGUAGCUUCUGUACCAGGGCUCUCUCUCUGUCCCCUCAGUUUCACAGAUCUUCAGUGCCAUCCUAUUAAAAGGUCACUUCUACUUGGCUCCCAUAGUCAAGGUAGGAGUAUGAUAACCUGGAGUCCAGUCUUCUUGGCUUUGGUCUGCUCCCAACACUUACUACCCCACCAACAACUUUGUUGGCAGGACAGUAAGCUGUCUGGAGUGGAUCAAAACUAACAAGGCUGGACUCCAGUCUAGGGGUAUGGGAUCAGUGGAAUAGUAACCAAGGGAGUGAGGAAGCUGGGACAUCUGGAAAAUUUGAAACUUGUUAUUAGCCUUUUGGAAUCUGAUUGCAAUUUAGAAGUUUCAAAUGGCUUCAUUUCGAUUUUGCAUGUCGAGCUGAUAAAAAUGUCCUUAGCUUAAGUUUUGAGUUUUGUCCAUCAGGGGGUACAGCAAUAUAUAGAUGAAAAUUUUGUUCAUCCUGAGCAGCAAAAUCCUGUUUAGGAAAGUGAGGGAUGACAGAAGCUGUUACAGAAGCUAAAAGGGGAUAGAUACCGGGCUAGUUUGUAUGACAAAGUCAGAGAUGUAACAAUGUGGAUUUUUCUGAGAUAACAAAAAAAUGAAUGCAAAAUUGAUUAUCUUGUUGCGCUGUGGAUAAACAAAAUGGUCACAAUGUUUUAUGAUUAUUUUAUUUUGGAUAUUAAAAAAGAAAAUUUGAGAGCUAAAAAAAAGGGUUACAUGUCUUGCUUGUUGAUACCUGGACUCACCAAUUUAGAUUCUUGGUCCAUGAAUUUUUGCUAGAAGGAAAAUGGAGCAAGCAGAUCAAAUAGAAAUGAAAUGAAAUCCUGUGAUAGACCCAGGUGCUACCAGAGGAGCCAAAAAGUCAAUACCCAGGCUUGUAAAUGUUUCAAACAAUGAUUUUUCAACUUUUAAUGCAUUGACAAGUUGAGAAACUUUUUUGACCAUUUUGGGAUUGAUUCAUGUCCUGAAUUAUACUUUUUUGAAAAUUAGAGAGAGAAAGAAAGGCAAAGCGACAAAUUCAAGAAGCAGGAAAUUGAAUUGGUGUGUCCUUGCUAUAAUACUGUAUGGUGUGAGAUAUAGAGCUGGAGUCUGUACAUGUGUGGGCAGUAAGUGAUGAUGUAUAUAGAUCAGAGUGAAGCUGUCGCUGUAUUUGUCAGGCACAGGUACAUGGAUGUGCACAUCUGCAUCCUCGCAACAAAGUUUCUUCUCUUUCCAUGCUGAGGUAUGAUGUACAAGUUAGUACUGUGCAGCUGUACCAUCAUGAUGGAUGUCUUUUAUAUGGCAAUAUGUGUUGAUACUUGUAGGUUUCUUGUUUUGAACUGUGAUUUAGAAAUUUGUUUCAGAACCACCAUUAGCAACAGUUAGUCCUAAAGAAUGCUGUGUGCUUACAUUGUACCCCUCUGAAGUUUUUCUCUCACCUGUUGACACUGCUACUACUGCCUUUCAGAACAGACCUUUGUUCAGUUCUUUGUACAUGUAUUUCCAUUUGCUAGACAUCAUAAGACAUUCUCCUAUGCAGAGUUGAACCUGCAUCCUAGAACUCCACUUGUAAAUUAGAACAGGCAGGUAGCAAAAAACAAUGUUAUGUAACUAAUUGCUUUUUUCUGAGUACUACUUCACCUGUGCUGUACUGUACCAUGCUGUGCUACACAAAUUGUUGGGAAGCAAAUGAAGCUAAAACGUCUGGAUUUGGAUACAUAGCAAGGCAUAUGUCCCAAAGCAAUGUUAUUUGUCUGGCCAAUUGUUUAUAACACUAUGUAGAUGUCUGACAAAGCAGUGACAGCUGUGUGAAUUACUGUUAACUAGGUUAGUGUAACUCAACUGUACUUGAGACUUACAUGUAGAUGCAAAAUUGAAGUUUUGUAGGCCUAAUGCUGACUCACAAACUUGUUUCAUGAUUCUUUCAACAGUUUUUAAGGUAUUGAUUUGUUCUCGCUGUCUUGUGUUUGGUGACAUACAUUGAUGUGGCCUUGGUUUAAUUACCCUGGAAAAGGAGGAGGGAGGAAAGGGAGAUUACUGGAAGAUGAUCAGGAUAUUCUCCUCUAUGAUGGCAGCACACAGCUGGAAAGUAGUUUGCAAGCUCUAAUAGCAUUUCGGCAGCAUUGCUGCGGGUAUCGUCUUGAUCGCCACAAAAUUUUUAAGAAUUGGCUGACGUUCGGAGGUCACUAAGCCUAAUGUCCCAUGUUAGGGUAGAUUUUCGGGCAAAGAAAUUCACUUGACUCUAACAAUUUUGAAAUUGGCAACAUUUCAAAUUUUCAUUCUCCUAUGCUGACCCAAACCCACAUUAUAAAUUUGCUUGCUUUGUAAAAAGUGGACUUGGUGCAUGGGUUUGGGUUUGCAUACUGAAGAAUGCAACCUUCAAGUGACAACAAAGUCAGCGGAAAGUCCAUGACAGUGUGUCACAGGCCUUAAGUCUGGUUAGGCCACACUGACGUAAUUUUAUGGAUGACAUCCACUGGAGACCCCAAAACUAAUGCACGCGGGUG